AUGUCUUGGUUCGCGGGUGGGUCAACUAGAUACCCUACUGAUGAUUGUGGACAAGUGACAGACAAAAAUACAAAAGGUGAAAUAAGUCAGCUUAAUGAAGGUAGUAAACAAGGGGAAAUAAUUCAGCUUAAUGAAGGUAGUAAACAAGGGGAAAUAACUCAGCUUAAUGAAGGUAGUAGACAAGGGGAAAUAAGUCAGCUUAAUGAAGGUAGUAGACAAGGGGCAAUAAGUCAGCUUAAUGAAGGUAGUAAACAAGGUGAAAUAAGUCAGCUAAAUGAAGGUAGUAAACAAGGUGAAAUAAGUCAGCUAAAUGAAGGUAGUAAACAAGGGGAAAUAACUCAGCUUAAUGAAGGUAGUAAACAAGGGGAAAUAAGUCAGCUUAAUGAAGGUAGUAGACAAGGGGAAAUAACUCAGCUUAAUGAAGGUAGUAAACAAGGGAAAAUAAGUCAGCUAAAUGAAGGUAGUAAACAAGGGGAAAUAAGUCAGCUUAAGGAAGGUAGUAAACAAGGGGAAAUAAGUCAGCUAAAUGAAAGUAGUAAACAAGGUGAAAUAAGUCAGCUUAAUGAAGGUAGUAAACAAGGGGAAAUAAGUCAGCUUAAUGAAGGUAGUAAACAAGGGGAAAUAAGUCAGCUAAAUGAAGGUAGUAAACAAGGGGAAAUAAGUCGGCUAAAUGAAGGUAGUAAACAAGGGGAAAUAAGUCAGCUUAAGGAAGGUAGUAAACAAGGGGAAAUAAGUCAGCUAAAUGAAGGUAGUAAACAAGGUGAAAUAAGUCAGCUUAAUGAAGGUAGUAAACAAGGGGAAAUAAGUCAGCUUAAUGAAGGUAGUAAACAAGGGGAAAUAAGUCAGCUAAAUGAAGGUAGUAAACAAGGGGAAAUAAGUCGGCUUAAUGAAGGUAGUAAACAAGGUGAAAUAAGUCGACUUAAUGGAGGUAGUAAACAAGGUGAAAUAAGUCGGCUUAAUGAAGGUAGUAAACAAGGUGAAAUAAGUCAGCUUAAUGAAGGUAGUAAACACGGGGAAAUAAGUCAGCUUAAUGAAGGUAGUAAACAAGGGGAAAUAAGUCAGCUAAAUGAAGGUAGUAAACAAGGGGAAAUAAGUCAGCUUAAUGAAGGUAGUAAACAAGGGGAAAUAAGUCAGCUUAAUGAAGGUAGUAAACAAGGGGAAAUAAGUCAGCUAAAUGAAGGUAGUAAACAAGGGGAAAUAAGUCGGCUAAAUGAAGGUAGUAAACAAGGGGAAAUAAGUCAGCUUAAGGAAGGUAGUAAACAAGGGGAAAUAAGUCAGCUAAAUGAAGGUAGUAAACAAGGUGAAAUAAGUCAGCUUAAUGAAGGUAGUAAACAAGGGGAAAUAAGUCAGCUUAAUGAAGGUAGUAAACAAGGGGAAAUAAGUCAGCUAAAUGAAGGUAGUAAACAAGGGGAAAUAAGUCGGCUUAAUGAAGGUAGUAAACAAGGUGAAAUAAGUCGACUUAAUGGAGGUAGUAAACAAGGUGAAAUAAGUCGGCUUAAUGAAGGUAGUAAACAAGGUGAAAUAAGUCAGCUUAAUGAAGGUAGUAAACACGGGGAAAUAAGUCAGCUUAAUGAAGGUAGUAAACAAGGGGAAAUAAGUCAGCUAAAUGAAGGUAGUAAACAAGGGGAAAUAAGUCAGCUUAAUGAAGGUAGUAAACAAGGGGAAAUAAGUCGGCUUAAUGAAGGUAGUAAACAAGGGGAAAAACUCAGCUUCUUGAAAUAA